AUGAAAUAUCAAAAGUGGUUGCUGGCGAUUAUCGGGUUAACCGCGUCAACUAUCCAUGCUCUACCCUCAACUAGGCGUGGGUCGUAUCCCGACCCAAACGCCCCGCAACAUCUUGAAAAAUACGACUUCGACGACUUCGAAGAUGUUGACUCGGCCGACCUCGUGAAACGCGAUCUCACGACGCAGUAUAAUGCAGAGCUCCCCCAAGGCAGUAUCUCACGACCGCGGACAGCACCCCCGUUCCACGCACCUUACACUUAUGUAUUUGACGAGUCUGCCGGCGAUGGCACUUUUGUCUACGUGAUUGACACGGGGUUUAGCACUAUCACUCCGGCAUAUCAGAAAUUGGUACACGAGCCACAAUGGAUAAUACCUACCUUUACGCCCAACAACUGGGACAAUUUGAAGAAUGACCCUACUGACCAUGGGACCUGUGUUGGUUCUUUGGUUGCCGCCUACUCAUAUGGGAUUGCCAAGAGAACAACGCUGGUUAUUGUGAAAGUGAGCGACAAAUUAGAUCAAAAGGGUGAUAUUCGCAAUUUCCUUGAGGGCUUAGACCUCACCAUCGAGGAUAUCCAAAGAAAACUCCAACGAGAUCCCAAGCUCAAGGGGAAGAUCUUUAUCAACCUGUCCAGGGGGCGUUUCCGAGCCGCCAUGCAUCGUCUCAACGCCAUGACCAUGAUCUUCGCCGCGGCAGGGAAUGCUGUUUCUCGUGCCCCUGAGCCCCAAAAUCGCCAGCUUCAAAGCUAUCCGCAGCUUUGGCACAACGAGCUCCCGAAUAUGAUGAUCGUGGGCAUGGCCACUCCUGCGGGCCAUCGAAGCGCCGGGUCCUACUUCCCCCUCCAAGAGGUCUAUGGGCCAUUUCCGAUGGCAUCUGGUAAAACGACCUGGGGAACUUCCUUGGCCGCCCCGCAAGCUGCAGGGCUGGCGGCUUACAUCGCGGGAUUGCCCGAAAAGCCCAAGGGGUUUCCAGACCCUCUGGAAGACUUUGAUGGCUACGUGGAUGCGAUGAAAACCCAACUGCGAUUGGACUCGUGGAUACGGCCGGAGUCCAAGAAGGGUAACCCCAAGCCGGAAGCAGUGCCUCUGAUUUCCAAUCAGCUCCAGAAUCAUUGUAAAGGUCGCGCCCUAGACCUCUGCAGAUGCGCCAUUAUAUGA